AUGGGCUGCGUGGGCUUCUUAGGAGCUCGGCGCGGGGACUCCGGAGAAGGUGAGGGCGCUCAAAAGUUGGAGCCCAAUCAGCACGGAGUUGAGCUCGCACGCCCCAACCUUCAGGUGACCCCGCGCGGCGGCAGGCGGCGGCUGCAGCGACCAGAGCCCGCAGCGCUCGGAGCGCCUCCGGGAGGACAGGCGGCGAGCGAGUCGAAUCGUCAUCCGCCAGCCCAGCGCCAAGCUCCGUGCCUGAGGGCCGGGAGGGAGAAGCGAGGCUCCUGUGCGCGCCGCGUCCUCUCCGCGCUGCACUUUUCUCCCUCACCGUGCAGGCUCCUGGUGGAGGAGAGCAGGAGGAACACCCAUGGCACCUCACCCGCGUUGAGGACGCUCCGGAGCCCUGCGACUCGGGUGCCUCGCACCACGAACAGCACGUAUCUGAAUGAGAAGUCACUCCAACUGACAGAGAAAUGCAAAAAUCUGCAGCAUGGCAUUAAGUCUUUAUCCAACAAAACAAAAGGAUAUUCAGAGAAUGAGUACCUUCAGAUGAUCACAAAUAUAAGAAGUUGCCCGUGGAAACGACAAGCAGAAGAAUAUGAGAACUUCAGAGCAAAACUUGCUUCCUGUUGCGAUGCUGUUCAAAACUUCGUGGUUUCGCAGAAUAACACUCCAGUUGGAACUAACAUGAGUUAUGAGGUGGAAAGUAAAAAAGAAAUCCCAAUUAGAGAGAGCAUUUUUCAUAUGUUUCCAGUGUCCCAGCCUUUCGUGGAAUAUCCGUAUAAUCAGUGUGCUGUGGUUGGCAACGGGGGAAUUCUGAAUAAGUCCUUCUGCGGAGCUGAAAUAGAUAAAUCUGACUUUGUUUUUAGGUGCAACCUCCCUCCAACCACAGGAAAUAUUAGCCAAGAUGUUGGCAGUAAAACAAAUCUUGUAACUGUGAAUCCCAGUAUCAUCACACUAAAAUACGGGAACUUAAAGGAGAAGAAAGCAGAAUUUCUGGAAGACAUUGCCUCCUACGGAGAUGCCUUCCUUCUCCUGCCUGCAUUUUCCUUCCGAGCCAACACUGGUGCCUCUUUUAAAGUGUACUACACACUCAAGGAGUCUAAGGCAAGACAGAAAGUUCUCUUUUUCCAUCCCAAGUACCUGAAACAUCUUGCCCUCUUCUGGAAAACUAAGGGGGUGACUGCAUACCGCUUGUCCACCGGCUUGAUGAUCACAAGCAUUGCUGUGGAGCUGUGUGAAAACGUGAAGCUCUAUGGCUUUUGGCCCUUCUCCAAAACUGUAGAGGACACACCAGUCAGCCAUCACUACUAUGACAACAGGCUACCUAAACGUGGUUUCCAUCAGAUGCCCAAAGAAUACAGCCAGAUCCUCCAACUUCACGUGAAAGGAAUCCUCAAACUACAGUUUAGCAAAUGUGAAAGAGCGUAAGCAAAGAUUCUUACCAUGAGAAUGGUCUUCCCAUGAUGCAGUAGGUGAGCAGUGUUGCCAAACGAAAAGGAGGUGGUGAAGGAGAAUGAUAGCAACUGCUUCAAAACUUGGUUUUACCAAAGCUCUCUCACUAACUUUACAGCCUUCUUGUGUCAACCAGUUGUUCUAAUCUUCAUUUUCCUCUUUUGUAAAAUGAGGAUCAUAAUACUGACUCACAGGAGAAAAAAGAAUAAUUUAUGAAAUGUCCUGGCAUAGCAUUUGGUGUGAGGUAGGGAUUCAAUAAAUGCUUCCUUCUUAAUAUUAAAAACAGCCAUUUCCACCCUCACUAGAAAGUAAAAGGUGUAUUAUUUUGGCAACUCUUCCUCAAAAGAGCGGAAUCGCCAUAUUAAUUGCAUUUCUUUCUCUCACAGCCUUCACUCUAUUAAUAUCCUUCCCAUUUUUCUUUCAUCUCAAAGAAUGACUGCAAGAAAAUUGUACUGUUAAACAAGAAAUCUUUGAUUAUUCAGGAAUGAAAAUCUUCUCUUUGUAUGGCAGUGUCCCUCCUUCUUCUGAUUAAAUUUACUUGCAAUGUUAGCUUCACUGAUGGGUUGGGUGGGUUUUUGCCAUUUCUUUUCUUCUAUUAUCUACAUUUUAAACCACUUUUUAUAAUUUGGUAUGAACUUUUUCUUUCAUUCUUGUGCCAUUUUCUCUCCCACUGACAGAAUGCACUUCAAGGACAUGAAUAGUUAAAAUACCCAGGCUUUUUUACUUGCUGUCUUGUCUGUAGGAUCACUCCUCCAAUCUAAUUUAAAAAAUAUUGAACAGCUACUUUGUGCCAGACCCUGCACUAAGCCCAGUGAGAGGGCUAUCAAGACCACUUCUAGCAAAAAGAAAUAUACGCACAUCAUUAGUGAUAUGGUAUAGCAAGUGUUAUGAUGAUAACAAUUAUGAAAAACAGUGCUAGAAAGAUCAUAGACAGGGAUAACUAAUCUCUUUCACUCUGUUUCAAUGUAUCUGUUUCAGGGAAAAAGGUAAUUUUAGAAUUAAAACUGGAAAAUGAGGGCUUCUUUCCAACUGAAAAUGAUUCUAGGUAGAUGGAAUAUGAUAGGGGGCAAAAAACUGUUCCUUUGGUUCUGAUUUAUCAGAAUGAGGAUAUUUGAAAGGAGGUCAUGGUUUUUGUCCCCAAAUUGUCACUGGAGAGCAUGCACUGUGUAAGAGGAUAGUGGCUAAGGCUCACAUCUGCAAAAUAGUGACAAUUCAGACCUCACCUUAUUUUUUUAAUUUAUAAGUUUGGUACAAGGUCUCACUGUGCAGCUCAGACUCAUAG